AACACCAUCCCAUAUUAUGUAGGUUAUAUUUUUAUGUUUCAGUAAGUUUUCUAUACGUAUUAACAGUAGAGUUAUUGUUUAAAAUGCGUGGGCCAGUAACCUUCUGGUGGUUGUCACAAACCAUCCGCUUUCUUUUACUUCUGGUCCUGCUUCUAUCGACCGUGGUGUACUUCCUAAGCUUACUUGACGUCUCUCUAUUAAGGUCAUACAUACACCCGAAAAACGCCACGAAAUCUAUCUACUCCAAGACAUCCUCUUUGUGGUCUCAAAAAUGGCCAACUGAAGCUAACUUUGAGGUUAAAAACGUAACGUAUAACAGAACUACGUUUAACAAAGAAUCUAAUCAAAUAAACAGUACUAAUAAAAAUGUUGUAAUUGCAACUAAAAAUGUAGCCAAAGAGUACACUGCUCCCUUUGUAGCUAUUAAGACAGAAACAAGAGUUAAUAAGACGAUAAAAAAGCGUGUUUUAAAAACAAAUAAAGCACCUCUACCACUAUGUCCCGAAGUGCCUCCGGGUCUAGGGCCAAUUGAAGUGAAUAAAACUGAAUUAUAUCUAGAUGAUAUUGAAAAAAAAAUCCCUGAAGUCAAAUUAGGUGGACAGUAUACGCCUCCGAAUUGCACCGCAAGGCAUAAAGUUGCAAUUAUAGUACCUUAUCGAGAUCGAGAUCAGCAUUUGCGCAUCUUUGUAAAUUACAUGCAUCCAUUUCUGAUGAAGCAACAAUUAGAAUAUGGGAUAUUUAUUAUAGAACAAUAUCGAUACAAAUCUUUUAAUAGAGCGAAGUUGAUGAACGUAGGAUUCGUGGAAAGUCAGAAACAAAAGGCGGGCGGAUGGCAAUGCUUUAUAUUCCAUGAUAUAGAUCUGCUGCCACUGGAUCAGAGGAACUUGUACCAAUGCCAAAAAGAUCCCCUUCAUAUGUCCGUAUUGAUAGAUAAAUUUAAUUAUAAGGUACAGAAUGUUUUUGGCGGCGUGUCAGCCAUGACAUUGGAACAAUUCACAAAAGUAAAUGGAUACUCUAAUAGAUAUUGGGGAUGGGGUGCCGAAGAUGAUGACAUGUUUAGAAGAGUACAGAAGGUAUUCUACGGCUUUACAAGAUAUGCCGAUUUAGUAAUUACAAAAUACAUUAUGUUAGACCACGAGCAAAGCUUCAAAAACCCUUUUAGAUUAGAACUGUUAUCGCAAACGUGUAAAACAAUGGAUAAAGAUGGACUCUCGUCACUGAAUUAUGAAGUAGUGAGCCUUGUCAAGCAUCAUCUAUACACGCUUAUUACUGUUGAUAUUGAUAAACCAACGGCCCAUAGUUCCGAUACUGUACCUAAGGGCCGUCGAAACGCAAAUGACAUUCCUUAGAGCAAGGACAGCGCCGCGCAACUUCACUGCACGGCUCUAUAUGAACGUAGUUACCCAUUACUAAGUUAUAAAUAUAAAGGUCAUCGCUCAUUACAUUAACACGAUAGCGUUUCAGUGUUAGUGCGUCGUGCAUUCCGUGAGGUCCACUCGUAAAUGACGGGCAAAGAACGUGCCCAUUUAGCAAGCAAGCUUCUUCAACUGUUUUGCAUGCUAGAUCAACGUCGUGUAAUGGACGAUGACCUUAAUUUAACUCCAAUCACUUGAAGUGAAGUUUAGUAUUGUCAAGUAAACAAUAUGACCUUUAAUUUAUUUCUGUCAAAUAUAUUUCAGUUGAAAAAAUAGUGAGUUAUUGUAGUAGAUAGUAAGCCUAAAUAAAUAGUUAUAUGUAACUUUAAAUUGAAUCAAAUUUGGAAACUAAACAUGUAAUUAUAUUAAUGAAGUAAAGAUUCUCUUUA